CACCUUUGCAUUCUAUCCAUCUAUCUUGACGGUUUUAGGGAGUGACAGCGACAAUGCAGGCACUGUCCUCCAAGGCCUUCACCGGCAGCGUGAAGCCGUUCACAGCCACUCGCGCAUCUGCAGCUAGGCCAGCUCGUGUGGCCACUGUGAUAGAGAACCGUGUGGCCCUGCGUUUCCAGCGCUUCGGUCGCAAGAAGCUGCCCUUCUACCGUCUGGUGGCAAUUGACAGCAAGAAGCGCAGGGAUGGAGAGCCGCUGGAGUAUCUGGGUUGGUAUGACCCUUUGAAGAAGGAGACGAGCCUGAACGCGCCGGCAAUUAAGGAGUGGCUCGCUAAGGGCGCUCUGCCGUCUGAGACCGUGGAGAACCUCCUCAGAAAGGCAUACGUGAUGGAGCCAAAGUCUGUGGUUGUUGUUCCCAAGGACGCUGUGAAGCUGUGAAUCCUAUCCACGUUGAGCGAUCUGCUGACUUGCGGCUGCGCAUGCUCGCGGCGGCGAACAUGCCACGCACCUAUAGAGCUGCGAAUUUGCAACUGGCCACCAAAGCAGAGGAAGAUGCUGUUGUUUUCAGCCUGCGAUUUGGUGGCGGCCUUCUAGAGCUGGAGUGUGGUCGGCUCGCAAUUUGAGGCCCGGAAGCGGUGACUGCCACUAUUUUGUCAACAGGUGGCAGGCCGCGUCCCUGCGCCGUACUUGGAUUCCACAUGGCCCAACGCUAGGGAAUAUUUCUAUUGUUGAUGGACGUGUCUGUGCACGAUGGUCAGGAUGCGUUGGUAUGGGUACAUCCCUGUUUGUAGGAAUAGCGAUGCGCCGAACUUUAUGGACGUGUGGACUGUCCAGCAGCUAGGAAACUUGAGGACGCUUUGGGUCGGACCAUGUAGCCGUUAUGGUAUCGCAAACAGGAUAAACGGAGGCCUGCCUGCUGUAACGUGUUCAGGUUGGACAAAGCUGUCGCUGGGGUUCGGGGGUGAGAGACCGGGGUUCGGUUUCCUCUUGAAAAGCGUACUCCUG